AUGCAGCGAGCACUGGAUGCACUUCCCUCUUGGCUGGAGCGCUGGAGGCUUAAGGUUAACGUUGCGAAGACUCAGGCGCUACACAUACGGCGGUCACUAGCCCCGCGGCCACUGGUGUUGCUCCUGAAGCUUUCAAUGCGACACCAUGUUAAGAACGUAGUAGCGCAGACGCGCACGACGAGAACCCUCCUGCGUCUCCUUCUGGCGUCACACUUGCCAAUCCGCACGCGACUCACCUACGCGGCCCCACCGUGGUACGCGCUGACAAGCGAAACAAGCCGCAAUUCGUUGCGGCCGCAGCAGUCUCUAGCGCUACGCACCAUCACCGGAGCCUCCCGAUACGUGAGGAACGCAGUGAUAGCAAGAGAUCUGCAUAUAGAGAACCUCGAUGGUCACGUUCGCCGCCUGAGUACCUCUCCAUGUUCGCGAGGACCGACGGAGCGCGGUCCCAGCAUCUGCGGGGUAUUGCGCCAUACCAUCGGCGAUCACCGGACCCAAGAGGAUUACCACGCGACCUCACCCAGCAAUGACCGCUUCCUCGUCACGGGUUGA